ACUGUAUUUAAAUAUUAAUAUUUAGGAUAUUUUUUAUAGUAAUUUUUUUGAGAAUUUUAUUAUUAUUUUGAAUAAUUAAUAUUUAUAAAUUUAUUAAAAAAAUUUAAAUUAAGAGAAUUGAAGAGAGAAGAAAUAAAACUAAUUAACGUAAUUUUAGGAUGUUAGUGACCGUCUCAUAUACUUUUCUUAUAUAUUGAUAUUGAUUGAUAGUAAAAAUGUUAAUAGUUAGAGUAAGAGUAUUUUUUGUAAAUAAGUUAGUUUUUUAAUUUUUUUUUUUAUGUAAAUUUUUUUGUUUUAUUUUUAAAAUACUGUAUGAGAUAUUACCAUUUCUACGCACUCGAUCAAAACGUUAUGCAAGUUAAUUGAAAGCAUAGUCAUCGUUACUUUAUUAUAUUGGAUUGGCCAAUACUUUUUUUUAACGUAUCAUAAUGUAGUAUUAUUACAAUCCUUUCCUUGUUGGAGUUAACUUUUAUUUGUUGAAGUGCAACAUAAUAAUAGAUUAAUAGGGUCAAACAAGAAUCUUGUCUUCUUUUCAAUUGUUUCCUGGAACGGACUUUGCUGUUUUUACAAGGCCCUGGGAUAUAUUUUCGGCAUGUAUUGAAUGCCAGUUCCAACAUAUAUAUAUAUAUAUAUAUAUAUAUAUAUAUAAUAUACACAUUGAUUAUACUAAUAAGCCACUAUGUGUUUGUAAGAAAGAUUAACAGGGUGAGAGGGAAAAUGGAAGAAGUGGUGGAAGAUGUAGUUAUUGUGGGAGCAGGAAUAGCUGGUUUAGCCACUGCAGUGGCACUGAAGAGAGUUGGUGUUAAGGCAUUGGUGUUGGAGAAAUCAAAUGGGCUUAGAGCCACAGGUGCAGCCUUGAUCCUUUCACGAAAUGCUUGGCUUGCUCUUGAUGCCCUUGGUGUUUCCCAAAAGCUCAACUCCAUGUAUCCCUUCAUCAAAGAGUUUAGGGCUUACAUAACCAAUUUGGAAAGUGGAGCGAUUCAAGAAAUUUCUGCCGCUAAAAGAGCCAGUGGCAAUGGUGAAACUAGAGCCAGAGCAGUACAUCGAAAAGCCUUACUCGAGACUUUAGCAGGUGAAUUGCCAACUAACUCGAUCCGUUUCUCUUCAAAGCUCACUAAAAUUGAAACAGAAUCACAUUUGAGUUCAUCAAUUGCUGUGAUUCAUUUGGAAGACGAAAAUGUCAUUAAAGCAAAGAUUCUGAUUGGUUGUGAUGGGGUACACUCGAUGGUGGCGAGAUCGUUGGGAAUCAUAGCAGCUAUCGAUUCAGGUCGUUCAUCAGUCCGUGGAUUGGCUGUGUUCCCUCAAGGUCAUUGCCUUAAAGAUGAAAUGCACCAGUUCGUAGGUACAAGAAGAAGGGCUGGUCUGGUUCCUGUCAAUGACAAAGAGAUUUAUUGGUACUUUACUUGUUCUUCUCCUUCUAAAGGCACAGGUCUCUUAUCAGGAGACCCAAAAGUCAUACAAAGAGAAGUAAUUGAGAAGUAUGCCAAGGAUUUUCCUGAGAUAUAUCUAGAUGCCGUUAAGCACACAGACCUGUCGACAUUGACAUGGGCUCCAUUGAUGUUCAGAUAUCCAUGGAACGUGGCAUUUGGGAAGUUAAGCAAGCAAAACAUCACAGUGGCUGGCGAUGCAAUGCAUCCCAUGACGCCUGACUUAGGACAAGGAGGUUGUGCAGCACUUGAAGAUGCUGUUGUCUUGGGAAGGCACAUUGGGACAUCAAUACAACAGAAUGGAGGACUUGUCCAACCACAAAUGGCUAAAGCAUUAGCGGAUUACGUCGAAGAAAGAAGGUGGCGAGCAACUUGGUUGAUUAUAGGGUCGUAUUUAACAGGGUGGGUACAAGAAGGAGGGUCUCUUUGGGGGUUGAAGUUCUUAAGGGAUAUCAUAUUUUAUGGAUUGCUUUUUCGAAAGAUUGGUACUCUUAUGCAGUAUGAUUGUGGGAAUCUGCCUAUUUUUCCCAUCUCAACAGAAUCAGAUAAGAUGAAGUAGGUAAUGUUAAGAGUGAUUCAGUCUCCCUCCAAAUCCAUCUUCACUCUGAGCACUUUAAAUAUCUUUGUAAAAUGAUGCUUUUAUAAAUAAUUGAACGAGGGGGCAAUUGAUACAUGAAUAAAUAUGUGGCAUUUUGCACUUCUUUUA